AAGUAAUUUAUAUUUGCGGGAUAUAAUUUAUAUUUGCCAUUUUAUUCUUCUACGUGAAAAAAAUUAAAGUUACUAAUCAUAUGACACAACUCUAGUUGUGAUAAGAAUGUAAAGAUCUGAAAUUAAAUAAAGAUUUUUCGUAAAAAUUAGAUUUGCUAAAAUCGUUUAUUUCCGUCGAUACAGUUCCUUAUUGACAUACAUAAAAAUGUGAGGACAUCUGGAAACAUUUCAGUUCGAAGAAAUACUUAAAGUUUUUGUUUACCCAAAUAUUACCUGCGGCAUUGUUCUCAUUGAAAUAUCAUUUGGGCUAUUGUGAGCUGUUUUCAAGGAAACGGGAGCUGUUUUCUCGGGACGCGUCAACUUAAAAUAUUGUAAAGAAAUUUUGAAACUUUCCUAGAAACCUUAGAACCUAGAAUCUUAGAACCUUAGAACCUUUUAAACCUUAUUUUAAAACCUCCAGUAAUGCGUAUGCUAUUUAUAUGUAAACGUUAUAGAAUUUCUAUCGAGAGGAAAAUUUAAUAGUAAUACGAAUUAUACGCAUUCAGAUUAACUUCGCUUAGUGUUUUCGAACAUGUUUUACUUUAAGAUUUAUUUAAAUUCUGUUUUUACUUAUUCAUUUCGUAUCCGACUCGCGGUUAACGUAAAAUUCUGUAGAAUUAAAUGAAAAUAUUUUUAUUAACAAAGGAGGAAGAAGAGGACCAGUAUCCGUUCGAUUAGACGGAUAAGUAUAAACAAAUUUUUAUAUUAUAAUAGCUGUCGUUGGAACUUGAAGCUAAAGUUUGGAACGAGCGAAAGGAUAAUUAUACAUUCAGUAUUUGGAAAAUUAUUUUUAACAAAUAACUUCUAAUCGAACACUUUACAUGUUUUAGGAACAAUUCAUUAUCGUUAUUCAAGAAAUAACGAUUCAAUACAAUUUCCGUUAUUUCUUCCGUUAUUUUGAAGAUUUUUUUCAGGAUUUGCUGCAAAGUAAUAAUAAAAUACGGACUUAUGGAAAAUGGACAUUUCCAAAUGUCUUCAGAAAACUUUGCCUUUUCAAAGAAUCACAUAUUCAUGGUGAAGAAAUUUUUUUGGUUGACCUUGAAGCAACUGAAAGAAAAAAAAUUUAUCGCCGAUCCUUCGAAGAGAAAGUUUUUUCUAUGGUAACAGUACAAAAUUUAUAGCAUGUAGGCCUGCACUAUCUUACUUUCAUUGUUCACUAUAGUUCAGCCAAUGAAAUUUGUUCUUGCUAUUAACACUACCCUUGCCACCAAUACUGUCCUAUACUGUCCUUCCAACUUGACGCCUGUCCUUCCUGCCUUUUUGUGAAAAGUGGGCCUAAAGGUAUAAAAAACCCACAGUUUACUACGUGCAGAGUACGAGUACGUUGCGUCUCGAACUUCAUUCGAAAUUCACGGAGUGAUCCACGCAAACAUUUCGAACGUCUUCUGAUAUUAAACUUCUGCCUUCUACGAAUAAUUUGUGGUGAAACAUGUUUUACUGAAUUACACGAUGGAGCAACAGUUGAAAUGUAAUGAGCCGAAUAAUUGGUACCCGUGUACUAUUUUUAGUCGUAGAUAUCACAACUAUGCAGUUGUUGUGAUGGCUCGACCCAUAUUGAUAGAACCGCAAAAAAUGUUUCAAAUUUGGGAAAAAGUUACUGUGAGUGAUGGAAUAUGCCGCUGGGUACAGUGCUUGGAGAACGCAGGGAUUGAUGUAUUCAGCGGCCAGUACAAUAAAUACGUGCCCAAAAUUAUUAUUGCGGAAAGGGUGGAUAGAAGUAUAAAUGAUCCACCAACCAUAAUCGACAGACUGGAAACUCUAGGCUCCAGGGUCAUCUACCUGCCUCAUCUGGAUGACAUGAAAUUCAAUGGAGCAUUGAAUCGCAUCGUAGAUUGUGCCCAUGAAUUAAAUAUAACCUUAAGAGACAUGUACGUAUUUGCGGAGUCAGAAACAAAUUUUGAUAUCUUCCAAGUCAUAGAGACGUUACGUAUAAGCGACGGGAACAUACGCAAUGUAGAGAUUAUAAUAGUUUCAAAUUCUCAUUUUUGCUGGAUGUUACGGCGUGGGGUGCACAAGAUACGUGUGGCACAGGACGAAAAAAUGGAAAACACACCUAUGUGUAGUUUUGUAGUAUUUAACUAUCGCGUAGUAAAUAAUCUCACAACAACCGGAUUGCAGACCAAUUUCACUAACGUGUCUGCAACUGAAUUAGGAGAGACAAAAGAUAUAUUGUGCAAGAAAACUGUGGUGACAGUGGAUACGAACGCAUCGAUUAUUUGGGUCAUGAGUUUAGACGUUACAAAGCAGAACAUAUUUGACGAAUUUUAUAUUAACGUACACGAUGAAUCUGAACUUGAUAGAUAAAGUAGAAACCUCGCAGUAGCUGUAUCUCCGUACUUAUAUAUGCAUUCUGGCUUAUAAACUUAUUAUUUUUUUAAAAAAUUUAAAGAAAUAUUUAUUUUAUAACGUAGUAAUUUUUACAUUGAUGGUACCAAAGUAUUAUACGGUGCAAUGAUCACGACGACAUAUUAUUACUUAAGUAUACAAAUGUAUUUAAUGGUAAAUUAAAACAAAAUUUUAAUAGAAAUUUGAUUUAUAAAAAUUA